AGCUGAUGAAACUGGGUGAAGAGAAUAAGAGGAGAAGAGAAAGAGGGACACACCAGUUGCUGUUAUUCCAGACAAACCAAGGCUUCUUCCUUAGCUUGGAGACUUCAUACCCAGGGUCAUGCCUGUGAACCUAUCCACUCUGACUGUUUGCCUGCUAGGCACAGCCAUUCUCUGUGCAGACAUUUAUCCUGCAUCUUCAAACAAUACAUCUACCCCAACAGCACCAUCUGUAAGCCCAGAGGAUACUCCUGCCAAUGUGUCCACCCUCGCACCUUCCACCACUGGUACUAACACCUCUGCUCCAGGGACUGACCCCACAUCUAACCCCACAGAGGCCAAGAGCACCAUGGUCUCCACAUCCGACCAGGCAAAUGAAGAAGCCACAGAGACAAUAUUGUCAACUGGCGAGAUAGCCGGCAUUGCUGUCGGCAGCAUUGCUGGAGUGGCGGCUAUUGGUGGAGGGAUCUUUGCUGGUCUGAAGUUUAGUGGUAAGCUGGCAGGUUAGUGUUGCUAGACGGGACUGGACAGUGCUGGGUAAAGAUAAGCUGAGUGGGUUGGUAAUCGGAGAUUCGAUUGGCCUGAGACCAGUCCAAGACUCUACAUACUGCACAACCACUGUGGGAAAAAACAGAGCCCUCUCACCUUCCUCUAUCUGAAACCACUGCCAACCAACACAUUGAGACCUUAAUUUACAACUAUACAGGAAUGCAGAUUGCAUUACAAUCUGAAAUGUUAUACUGUGCUCAGUCGAGAUAAUAUACUACUUCUACUGCUAUAUAUAUAUAUAUAUAUAUAUAUAUAUAUAUAUAUAUAUAUAUAGCAGUAGAAGUAGUAUAUUAUCUCGACUGAGCACAGUAUAAAAUUCCAGAUUGUAAUGCAAUCUGCAAUCUGCAUAUAUAUAUAUAGGGAAAGGAUAUGCAUAUAUAUAUAUAUAUAUAUAUAUAUAUAUAUAUAUGUGUGUGUGUGUGUGUGUGUGUCUUUGCAUUCGAUUACACACUGAACUGUAUAUCACAUGUUAUGCAUGGCCACAAUGUAGCAUUCAGCUGUUGAUGCAUAUGCUUUCCCUAUCUAGUGAGAGCAUACAGUAUAUGGGGAAAAAGGAGAACAGUGUCUGAAAAAGACAAAUGAUAAUAUGAAAUAACAUGAUAGCUACAGUAUUUAUUUAAUAUAUGGUAGCAAAUAUAUUUUAAUAUUAUGGUUCACCGCACAUCUUGUGGUGACAGCUUAACCGUGCUUUGAACCUUCUGCUAAGUGUCUUUUUAAACAUUUUUAGAUGAUCAAUGAUUUUUGUUGAUUGAUUUAAUGAUUUAGUUUUUUUGUCAUUAAACAUUUUAAGAUGAGAAUGGAUGAUCACAUGGGAUUUUGAAUGUUAUUUCCUCAAAAAUGAUUAUGCACACACUUUAUUUCACAACAAAAUACCAUGAUAAUUAUGGUAUUAUGGUCACAAUGUAAACACCUCAUUUUGAAAUAAAGACCAAGAGUAGUUGUGUGACUUUGUUGUGUUUUAUUUGUGGCGGUGAAGGUGCCAGUUGAGGGAUGUGGCCCCUCUCCCCUCCCAGCUCUGAUGGUGUGCUCUCUGUCUGCAUGCUUUCAUUAUGUCUCAGCACUUAGUUUGAUUAACCCAUUGACUGGCAAGACAGUUGUCUUACCUGACCAGCACUGAAUGGGUUCAAUGAUUGAAAUGUCAUAGUGUGCGUUCCAAAUUAUACCUGAUUCCCUAUAUAGUGCACUAUGUUUGUACCAUAUGGCACCAUAUUCCUUAUAUAGUGCACUACUUUGGGCCAGGGGCCCUGGUAAAGAAAGGGGAACUUUAUAGGAAAUAGGAUGCCAUUUUAGAUGCAACCAAAGUGAAAUCUAACAAACACUGCAGGCCUGAUAGACUGCAGACAGGAAUGACUCCCCACUGACCUGUUUUCACACAGACAAGCCAGCAAAUAGAAUACAUUAUUACAUGUCUGCAAAGAGAUAAACUUUUGUUAUUGACCAAAUACUUAUU